GGUUAAGCUGCACCGUGCCCGAUUGAUAUUAGUAAAGUGUUACUCUUGGUGACAUCAAAUGGGUUUUUCUCCGUUUUUCGCAGUCGGGUUCGCACCGUCAUGUUCAACUCCAAACUUGUCCGGGAGAACUCAGGAGACUGCGUCAGUUGAAAAGGGCGACGUUCAGUGUCGUCUUUGACUUUGAACUGUAUUUAAGGUUAAUGUGCACAUGGCAUCGCAACACUUCUGAUGCCCGCUGAGCCAACGAACGCGACUGCAUCAUUUAAAUUUUAGUCCUGAUAGAAAAUAAGUUGAAGCUGCCCUCACCCCAGCAGUGGCCAGGACUCUGCCGCUGCCUGGUACAAACGCACUAGAGCCGAACGCGCCUUCGUGGGCGGGGCAGGCACAGGCGCAGAGUUUGUUGAUUACACAGUUGGCUGCUGUCAGAACGCCGCGCCGACACUACUUGACGGCCGACAACGCCUGACGUCCCGCGGCAAUUUGUGCGACUUUAAGACCCCGCCUAAUAGUGCGGGGGUCAGUACGUUGGGUUGAACAGCCAUUGUGGACCCAACCCGUGGUGUGGUGCGCACCAAAUGUUGGAAGCGUCCGACGCGGCGGACGCUUUCGACACCCUAGCCUUGAUGGCGUCUCCUGGCAUGGAGGCACCCAGCGUUGAUGAUCUCAUUCGCCGGUCACAAUGCCUCAACGCAGACGAUGGCGACAGAGAGCUGCUGGAGCUGGGAGCAAACCCGGACUUGCUGUUGACCUCCCAGCCUGACGUGUGGAUGGCAGCGGACCGAGGCGGCGGCGACGGCGGCGACAGUUACGACGCUGACCCGGCGCACCAAGCGUUGCGGCAUCUGCCUACAGCGGUUGCGGCACAGCCAGCUGGUUCCGGCCAGGUCAUGGCAUUCUCCGCGUCUCCGGCAUCUGCGGCUGUGGGCGCGGCUGCCACCAUCGACGCUCUGCUGCGCUCACCCUGCGGCAUCGCCAAUAUGCCCGCCGCCCAUGCGAGCGACUGGCUCAGCGCCCCCGCUGUGUUUGGCAACGCCGUCCUCGACUCCGCCAUACCGACGCCAGCUCAGGUGCUCACAGCCGCCGCCGCAGCGGGCCGCGGUGGUGAUGCCGCUGCUUGCGGCGGCAACAUGGCCGCCAUGCGCCUCGACCAGCAACUGCUGGCUGAGCUGCCGUGCAUCUCCGGCCCCGCCGCGCUGCCUUCAUUCUGGGGGGGCCGCACGGGUAUGACGACGGUGUCAGCAGCCAUGGAAACGAGCCGCGGCGGGCUGCUGCUGUCCGGCACUGCUGCCGCAGGCGGCGCGUUUUCCUCCAGUGCCACCCACGGCCGCCCCUCGUCCAGCGCAAUGCUGCUGCAGCCGCCACUGCUCGCACAGCCAACAUGCAUGCCGCAGCUGCCAGCCCAAACCGGCGGCGCGCUGUUAUUCCGUCCGCCGCAGCCGCAGCCGCAGUCUGGGUCUUGCACGGAUGCGGUGCAGCUGGCGAAGGAGUGGCGCAGUGGCUAUGAUGAGUUUUUGAUGUCGGAGGGUGGCCCGGCAGGUGACUUCCUGGACUGGGGCGGCGGCUGUGGCGCGGCCAUGCCGCCGCCGCCACCGCCGCCGCUGCAGCCCUACAGCGGCAGCAACUACAGCAGCGCCGGCUCGCAGCAGCUGCAGCAGAGCCCCUGGUCCACUGGGGGCGCGCUGCAGGCCGUGGCUGCUGGCAACAACAGCCUCACACUCCUACACACGGUGGGGGGCCGUCUGGCGCAUAUGCAGCAGGGCAGACAGCGGCAGGGGCCCGCGCAGACCCUCAGCGCCAGCGGUGCAGUGGCGGCGCCGGGCUUUACCAGCGGCGUAAUCGGGCAGGCUUUCUGCACCAGUGCUAACGCCACCGCAACUGCCACGGCCGUUGCGGAGCGGCUGCGCACGCGCAAGCAGAAGCAUGCACAGGCACCCAUGGUGGGCAGCAGCCCGCGAGUUCUGGAUCUGCUGGAACCUGAGCCGGCGGGCGUCGGCGCCAGCGGCACGUACGUGCUCGGCCCAGACGGCGAGCCGCCACGCGAGUACCAGCGGUCACUGCAGCAGCCGGCGUCGGCGUCGCAGUUGCCGCGGCUGUCGCAGCCGGCCUCUCCACUACAGCUGCGGCGGCUUCAGCAUCCGCAGCCGGCACAGUCGUCGCAACCACUGCCACUGCCGCUGCCGCAGUCGGCGCCGCUGCUGCAGCUGCCGCCGCCGCUACGGCCGCCGGAACCCAAAGAGCCGGCGGCCUGGAGGCAGCAGGCCCCGGCCGCGCCGGCGGCGGCCGAGGUUGGGCCGGCAGGCACGGGUGACGUCCACGUGGUAGUCAAGCUGGAUGUGCCUGUGGCGACAGCGGUGAGCCAGCAAGCCUACACGGGCGUGGGCGCAGCGCAGCUGCGGCUGGUUGAGGCCAUGGACGUCCAGCAGGAGGAGCAGGAGAAGGUGGAGGAGGCGGAGGAAGAUCCGGAACCUGGGGCUGAAAAGAUGGCGGCGCCUGCCGGCGCCGCCAAGGGCGCCGACAGUGGUGCGAAGAGCUGGUCCAGCAGGCAGGGGCCUCGUGCCGCCGUCGGGCACAAGGCCGCGCAGGCACGCGAGAAGGCGCGCGCGGCCGUUGGGUGGCCCCUGGAGGAGGCGGCCGGGGUGUCAAUGGGCUGCAGCAGCGGCGGCGGCGGCGGCAACGCACCGCGGGCCAGCCCCGAACAGGACGAUGAGGACGAUGGGUGCUGCGACACAGGCGCUGCAGAUGACGAUGACGAUGACGAUGAUGACGGGCCGGCGGGCAACGGCCGCGACGGCCGUGUCAUUACGGUGGAUGACCUGCGCCAUUACUAUGAGGUGCCCAUCAAGGAGGCUGCCCGCCGCCUGGGCUACUCCGUGUCCUGCCUCAAGAACAUCUGCCGCCGCCUGGGCGUGCCCAACUGGCCCUCGCGCAAGCUGCUGACGCUGCAGAAGAUGCGCGGCGCGCUGCUGGGGGCGGACGCAGCUGCAAACGGCAUCCGCGCCGGCGGUGCGGGUGCCGCCAGUGGCCAGGAGGCUGCAGAGGCUCGACUGGAGCGGGAGCGGUUGUUGGAGCGGUUGGCACUCAACAUCGCUGACAUCUACGCCGACCCACACACGCCCAUGUACCCCGAGUUCAUGCGGGUGCGGCAGCUGCAGUACAAGAGCCGCGCCAACGCACGCCUGGCGCGGCGCAGCUGUAGUGGCCGCGCCGGCGGCGGCAGCAUAAGUAGCAGCAAGGCGGCCGACAGCAGCAGGAGCGGCAGCAAGGCAGCGGACGGCAGCGGUAGCGGCACCGAGGGCGGCGGCCGGGGCGAGGAGAGCCGCGGCCGUGCAGCUGGUGGCGUGGCCAAGCGACGCGCUCGCCGUGACCGCAGUUUGCGUGGCAUUUGUGAGGACACGAAGGAAGGGUCUGAGGUCAUGGAGGGGUCCCAGGAUAUGGAGUGACAGGAAUGUCCAGCGGCAGUUGGGGACCGCCAUAGAUGCAUGGCGUGCAUGCACGCAAGGCGCUGCCUUGUGUGAACAAGCGGAACAUCAUGUUAAUGAAUGGGAAAGGCCCCAUGAGAGAGAAGCUACGACGGAAACGGGCCGGUCAACGAUGAACAGAUGCUAGAAGCUGAUGAAGCAGCACAACAGAUGCGGUUUGCCGUUUUACCAAUUCCACACGAUUUUUCAACAAAUGAGGACAACGUACGUGUUCUGAUGCGCGAUUUGGUAUAUGACAGCCACAUGGCCAAGCGUGCGCGUAUCACGCAGAUAAUGGCACUAUUCUGUUGCAUGGCAACUACCGUACCGGUAUAUCCAACGUUCGUUUGUCCUGGACUUGCAACGAGGCCCACGGAAGGGGCUGAUUGUGUGCGUUUUGUCAGUUAUUGGGAUGCCUGAGCGCAGGGGAGCCUGGGCGGGUUGUAGGUAUGUAGUGGUGGGGGUAUCUGAAACUCCGGGGUGCUUUCCAACCGACACGGCCCUGGCUUUGGCGUCGAAGUGUACAUGGCCCGAACUUCAAUAGGAAUUCGGUUUGAAAACGCCACGAUAAGCUAUGGCAAUCCUGAUGUGCAAUUGAUCGUGCCUUGUGCUACAGCGGUGUCUAACCAGUUCCAGAAAACGUGGCGGUUGAUACCUAUCGUAUCGUA